AAAUCUUAAAUACAAUAAUUAUCCUAUUUAUUUGUGAAUAUUGCUUUCUACGUCAACUCCUCAUUCAUCGAUACAUUACGAACAUGAAACGAGCGAUUCUUCUUUACAAAAGUAGUCAGCGAAAUGAACACGAAACCGCUGCUCUCUGCUGUCUACAUCCCAAAUAUCUAGAACGCCUCCGACCUCUAUGACUGAAAACUUCUUGAGUUAGUUCCCGUAUCAGAUAGCAAAGCGCAAAGCUUCUUGGGAGGUUGGAAAACCUCAGUCUCAGGAGAACAUCAUGGCACGAGUGGAACUGAUUGUUGUGUUAUUAUUAUUAACACCAUUUUUAAGUUAUUGUAAAAAAAAACAGUCUGGAUCAAGUGAUGUGAUAGAAGAAGUGGACCGAAAGAAACUCGAAAAACUGAUCAAUAACGAGGAAUAUUUAGCAGUGUUUUUUUAUACCAAAAGUUGUAAAGAUUGUGGUGUCAUUUUAGAAGAGCUUGAGCGAAUUGAUGAUGAUGCAGGAAAUUUUGGUGUGGCAUUUGUUAAGAAUAGUGAAAAAUCUACAGCCAAAAAGUAUGGUGUUACUUCAUUUCCUGCUCUUAUGUAUUUCCGGAAUCAACAACCUGCUAUUUUUGAUGGUGACUUGAAAGAUGAAGAGAAAGUACUUGCUUGGUUAACUGAUUUGGAUUCAAUGGAACUGCCUGAUAAAAUAGAAGAAGUGAAUGCAAAAAUUCUUGAAAAUCUGAUAGAAGAUAGUGAUUUCCUGGCAGUUUUGAUCUACAAGGAAGACUGUGAAGAAUGUGAGCAAGUACUUCAAGAACUUGAAAACAUUGAUGAUGAAGCUGAUGCAAAAGACAUUGGCUUUGUAAAAAUUGCAGAUGAGAGUUUAGCAGUUGAAUAUGGUUUGGAUUCUGUUCCAGCACUGAUUUAUUACAGAAAGAAGAUACCUCUUUUAUAUGAUGGUGAUCUUUUUAAUGAAGAUGAAGUUCUCAACUGGCUGUUUGAAUUUCAAGAUUUGGGAGAGGAAAAUGAAGCUAUUGAAGAUAUAUCAGCAAAUGGCUUAGCUCAAAUGAUUGAGGAUUCUCCAUUUCUAGCUGUGCUUUUUUAUGACAUUGAAAGCAGAAGGUCUCAAAGGAUUUUAGAAGAAUUAGAAAGCAUUGAUGAUGAUUGUGAUCGUCAUGGAAUACCUUUUGUUAAAAUAGAUGAUGAUAAAGUUGCUGCUGAAUAUGGUCUUGAAACUUUACCUGCAUUAGUUUACUUUGAAAAUAAAAUGCCUAAUUUUUAUCAAGGUGAUUUGACUAAGGAAGACGAUGUACUUGAGUGGCUUAUAAAGCAGACAAGUUCUGAUGAGAUUGAAGAUGUUACCGAUAAAGUUUUGCAGCACAUGAUUAAAAAGACACAUGAGUUGGCUGUUUUGUUCUAUGACAAUGAUGAUGAAGCAAGUUCUGCUAUUCUUCAAGAGCUAGAAAAUAUUGAUGAUGAUGCUGACAAAAAUGGGAUCCCAUUUGUAAAAAUAGAUGAUCCUGAACUGGCUGAAGCAUAUGGAAUUAGGAAUUUACCAACUCUUGUAUUUUUUGAAAACCAAGUUCCAAACUUUUAUAAAGGUAAUUUAACAACUGAGGAAGCUGUACUCGAAUGGUUAAAAGAAUUGCAGGCUUCAGAUGAGAUAGAAACUGUAUCAGAUCAAGUUGUUGAAUUGAUGAUUGACAAAUGUGAUUACCUCGCAGUUUUGUUUUAUAAUACUGAUGAUCCUGCAGCACAAAAGGUUCUGAAUGAAUUAGAAAAUAUUGAUGAUGAGAGUGACAAAGCUGGCAUUCCUUUAGUGAGAAGUGAAAGCAAAAAUAUAUCUGAUUCCUAUGGAAUUAGCCCUUUACCAGCAUUAGUAUUUUUUGAGGGUGGAGUGCCAAAUCUAUAUCCAGGUGAUCUGUCAAAUGAAGAAGAGGUAUUAAAAUGGCUUCUUGAACAACAAAGUUCAGAUGAGAUAGAAGAUGUGUCAUCUAAAGUACUGGAACAGAUGAUUGCAAAAACUGAGCACCUAGCAGUUUUAUUUUAUGAUAAGAAUGAUCGCAGGUCAAAAGAUGUUCUUAGGGAAUUAGAGAAUAUUGAUGAUGAAGCUGAUGAGCAAGGAAUGCCUUUUGUUCGAAUUGAUGAUAAAGAACUCGCAGCUGAAUAUGGAUUUGAUGCUGAUUUACCUGUUUUGGUGUAUUUUGAGAAGAAAGUUCCAUCUGUUUACCAAGGUGAUCUUACUAAUGAACAGCAAGUAUGGAAAUGGCUGCACUUACAGUUAACAUCUGAUGGCAUUGAAGAAGUUACAGAGAAAAUUCUUUAUAACCUGAUUGAACAUAAUCAGUUUGUGGCUGUUUUAUUUUAUGAUCACAAAUCAAAGAAGAGUGCGAAAGUUCUAAAAGAAUUAGAAACUAUAGAUGAUGAAGCUGAUCGAUACGAUAUUCUUAUUGUGAAAAAUGAUAAUUUUUCUGCUGCUCAGAAGUAUGGGUUGAAAAAAUUACCAGCUCUUAUGUUUUUUAAAGAAGGAAGUCCUAUAGUUUAUGAAGGAAAUCUGAUGAAGGAAGAGGAAGUCUUGCAGUUUUUAAUUGACCAGCUGGCAAAUGAUGAGAUUGAAGAUGUGAAUGAACAUGCCCUGGACAAUUUAAUUGAAAAUUACCCAUAUGUUGCAGUUUUCUUUUAUGACAAAGAUGCAAAUAUCAGUGCCCAAAUUUUGCGUGAGCUGGAGAAUAUUGACGAUGAUACAGAUCGGCAUGGCAUACCAUUUGUUCGCAUUGAUGAUGAUUCUGUUGCUAAAGAAUAUGGCAUUCUCGAUGAAUUGCCUAUUUUAGUUUAUUUUGAAAAUAAGAUUCCCAGUGUAUAUGAAGGUGAUCUAAUGAAGGAAGAAGAUGUUCUUGCUUGGAUAAUUAAACAAAAGGAAGAAGAUACUAUCGAAGAAGUAACUGAUGAAAUUCUUGAAGAUAUGAUAAAGGAAUAUGAAUAUGUUCUUGUGUUCUUUGCUCCUAAUGAGUGUCCAGAGUGUGAAAAAAUAUUACAUGAACUUGAAAACAUAGAUGAUGACACAGAUGACCAUGGAAUUAUGUUUGUGACUACUGAUGACAUGACUGUAGCAAAAAAACAAGCCAAACUCAGCAAAUUUCCUGCUGUAGUUUUGUUUCGAAAUGGUGUACCCAUUGUUUAUAAAG